AAUUACAUUCCACAGCACCCGACGCAGUCAAAUGAUCCCGCAUUUCGCACAACACCGCCAACACAACAAACGUCUUCCGCGUCACCUAAUUAUCAGCCCAAUUAUCAGCAAACUGCAUCAUCAACACAACCCGCUACAAUACAAGCGUCUUCAUAUAUGCCUCCACAAGUACCCGGCACUAUUGGCAUGCAACCACCAGCGUUUGGUGUGUUUGGCGCUGGAAAUCAACCUUCAAAUCCGUAUUCAGGCGGGAUGCACUAUGGUCAAAGUGUGCAGUAUCCAAAGCAAUAA